AUGUCCGAGUCAGCCGUGGCCGAGACUUCAUAUUCCCACACUCUGACGGCGCGGCCGUACUUUUUCCCCCUGGAAAGCCGCGACACGCGACUCGCCGACGUGGUUUCUCGCCUGCCGAAGCUCCCCGCCGAAAUCCGCUGGGCCGUGUUCGCACACGCCUUUGACGGCAACCGGGUCGCCGUCACCGCCCCCUCGGGAUGCUACUGCUUCUCCGCGGCGACGGGCCCUUACCGCGCGGACCACCAGUGGCUCCUGCAGUCGGCGCCGCCGGGGCAGGUGCGGCAGGAGGCCCAGCGCGUCUUCGUCCAGGUCGCCAUCUGGGAGCCGCACUGUAAGCACGCCCUGCACGCGUUCGUGAGCCGAAUGACGGCCCUGCACCGGCUGGGCGAUGUCCGCCAUGUGCGGCUGAACGUCUUCGAACUCGAGUCGACGUGGGCCCUGCAUCUGGACGAAUUUCCCAACCUGCGCACGGCCACGUUCGCUCCCAACCCCAAAAGCUGGACCAUCACGAUUCCCCAGCUCGCGGACUCGGCCGAGCUCUCGGAUGCGAACGUCAUGUCGAAGGUCUGGGAUGUCCUGGAGUCCCGAGACGGGUACGGCCCCGUCCGAGAGGCGUUCAAGCAGAAGACGCGCCGUUAUCGCAUGUUGUUUGUGUUUCCGAUCCGUUUCCACCUGCCGGAACGGCCGUCACGGGGUUGUCGUCGUGGUCGUACUAAUGCGUCUGCCCCCAGGUGGCAGUUGAGCGUCUGGCGGGCUAAUCUGGACACGGGUACCAUCGAGCGCGACUGGCAGGAGGUCCAUCUGGUUCAAGAAGCGACGCUGGAUUGA